AUGGCCUCGACCCUGCUGACGCGACUGUACUGUGAACUCCUAGUUAGGAGGCCCGAAAACGCAAAUACCUGUAAGCAGAGGUGGAGGCCAAGAUCAGGCGCGGGCGGCUUCCAGACAGCUCGUUCGGGCGCAGGCUCCGCCGUUCCCACAGCAACAACGCCGGGCCGCGCGGCGGCGCAACUUUUGGAAUCUGGAAUCCCCGGGAGGCCGGAGCCGUGGGACGGCUGCGUGGCCGCACGGAGUCCUCGGUCCCAGCACUACUGCAUCGCCGUCGCGCUCGAGCAGCGCCGCGAGACUUUUACAGGCUCCUUCCUCCGUCCGCACUUCAUCCCCGCGCGCCCUCCCGGGCGCAGGGCCUCCGCCGUCCUGGCUGUCCCGGCGGUGGCUGUCCAGGCGGUGGCCUGGCUGCUUCUCUCCGUGGCGCCCUGCACACCUGCCUCGGCCUUCUCCGAGGGCUCGGAGGGCGCUGGCAUGAAGGCCACAUGUUCUGAAAUUAUUUUGAGGCUAGAGGUUUUGAAAGAUGGUUUUCACAGAGACCUUUUAAUAAAAGUGAAAUUUGGAGAGAGCAUCGAGGAUUUACAAACCUGCCAACUCUUAAUUAAACAGUAUAUCCCUGCAGGACUACUUGUGGAUCCAUAUGAGUUGGCUUCGUUACAAGAAAAUAACAUAACAGAGGCAAUGCUGGUUUCAGAAAACUUUAAUAUAGAAGCUCCUAACUAUUUGUCCCAGGAAUCUGAAGUUCUCAUUUAUGCCAGACAAGAUGCACAGUGCAUCGAUUGUUUCCAAGCUUUUGUGCCUGUGCACUACCGCUACCAUCGGCCACAUAGUAAAGAUGGAGAGACCUUCAUUGUGGUCAAUAACCCAGAUUUGCUGAUGUCCUGUGACCAAGAGUUCCCAGUUUUGAAAUGCUGGGCUCAGUCAGAAGUGGCAGCUCCUUGUGCUUUGAGGAAUAAGGAUACCUGCCAGUGGAAAAAUAUGAAGUAUAAAGCAGUACAUAAGAAUGUGACGCUACAGGUUCCAGUGGGACUGACUAUACAUACCUCUUUAGUAUGUUCUGUGACUCUGCUCAUUACAAUCCUGUGUUGUACUUUGAUCCUUGUAGCUGUUUUCAAAUAUGGUCAUUUUUCCCUAUAGGUUUUUUUUUUAAGUUGAAUGUUUUCCAUAAAUCUAUAUAAGACAUACAUUUGUGAUUACAAGUGUUUUCCUACAAUCAUAUGAUUACAUUUGUCUUGUAUUAAUUUAGUUUUAAAUAUAUACUUAAUGAAAGAAUCAGGACAAAAAUUAUGUUCAACCAAGGAAACUUUUCAUUUUUCUCCGCUGAAUCCAGAAGUCAAUGUACUGUUGUGUAGAUUCUUGAUAAUCCUCAAGCAUCAGGUAUAGAGAAAACUUAAUUUUGUAAAAGUAAUAUUUAUUUUGUAAAAAGUGACUUCAUUUUGAACUGAUGAGUGAAUAGGAACUUUUAUAUUAAGGGAGAAAGUUGAGGAAGCCAUUAUAUAUGAGAAUUUUUAUAAAGAAUAAAAUAAUAUGCAUGAAUCAA